AUGAGUGAAAAUGAAUUUAUAAAAGAAUUAUUAUCAACCAGUGUUAAUUUAGAAAAGAAUAUUGAUAAAAUAAGUUCUAUAAUGAAAGAUAAAAAUGUGAGUGUUGGUGUUAAAAACAAUAUCAUUUUUAAUUGUGAAUCAACUGCUUCAGAUGAACUUUUAUCAGUUUUAUUACAAAACUCACUAACUAAUGAUUCAGUUUUAAUUGAUCAUGAAAUAGCCUAUAAAUUAGGACAAUUAGUUCAAGAGAAUUCUAAAGAAUUUUUAAUAGAACUGAUGUCAGAUGAAAAUAAAGAUCCAAUCGUUAGACAUGAAGCUAUUGAAGCAUUAGGAAAUUUUGAGAAUCCAUCAUUAAUAAGCUUAAUUGAGAAAUAUUUAGAUUCCAAUGAAUCAUUAGUAAGAGAAACUGCUUAUUUAGCAGUUAGAAAAUUGUCAGUUCUAACUAAAGAAAAUAAAUACAAACUUAACAUCAAUGAAUUAGAUACAAAGCAAGUUAAUGAUGAGUUUAGUGUGAGAAGUCCAGCUUUUAUUACAAAAAAGUCAUUUAUUGAGAGUAAAAGUAUGUUUUUUAAAGGAGAUCUUUGGGAAAAGUAUACAGCAUUAUUAAGAUUAAGAGAUUUAAAUACGGAAGAAUCUUAUGAAGUAAUUAAAAAAGGAUUUGAAGAUAAAAGUGCAUUAUUUAGACAUGAAGUAGCUUUUGUAAUGGGACAUUUAAAUAAUCCUACUUUUAUUAAAACAUUAGAAAGUGUGUUAAAUAACCCAAAAGAAGAAGAUGUUGUAAGACAUGAAGCAGCAGCUUCAUUAGGAUGUAUUAAUACAGAAGAAAGUAAAAAAAUUUUAAUGAAAAAUUUAAACAAUCCAAUAAGAAUAGUAAGAGAAAGUAUCGAAUGUGCAAUAUUUUGA